AUGUCCCUUUAAUGUCACCAAUAGGCAGAUUCACUUUGAUGAUCUGUUCUUAACAUGGGAGCUGUGGAGAUUACAAUUUUGAUACUUUUUCUCUCAUUGCAGUAAAAUUAACUGUUCGGUGCAAUGAAAUCAGAUGACAGCUGCUCUGUUAGAGGCAUAAAAUAAAAACAGGAAACAGUCAAAUAAAAUAAAUAUUUUUUUUAAUAUAUGCUGUAUAUAAGACAUACACAGGUCAUUAAUAUAUAAAUGAAAUUCAAAUGAAAUGCUCUUACUGAAAAACUGCCCGGUCAGAGGUAAGCAGCAGCACAGAAGUCGGCCAGCCAAUCAGGAGCCAGUAGGCUAAGUGAGCCCCAUCAGCCAAUCGGCUGCAAGGAAGCUCCUCGCCCCCCCCCCCCCCCCCCGUGAGAUGAGACAGACUCACAUCCGUCAUCACUGAUGAAUGGAGCCGCACCAGGGACACAUCGUAAUCGGAGGCGAACCGCAGGCGGCCAUGAAAGGACGACAAAGGACCCCCCAGGAUGAAGACCACGCCGAGGACAUCCUACAGCUCCGUCCACACUCCCCUCCAUCCUCCUCCUCCCCAUCUCACUCCCCUCUAUCGGCCAUGCCAGCUUCGGCGUCCACCCUCCUGGCUCUGGCCUCGCCAGCCACCCGUCGCUCCAUCUCUAUGGGCGACUUCCGGAGGGUGACGGGCGCCAUGCUCGCCGCUUCCGAGCCGACGUCCGCCUCGGCCACGGCGCCGUCCUCCAAACUGGUAACGCCGAGCUCCAGCAUGGAGUUCGAAGCGGCUCGCCGGCGCCUCCUGGAGGUGGAGGAGCGCCAGCGGGUCGUACGGGAGAUGGAGCGGCGAUUGGAGGAGCUCCGGGAGGUGUUUGUACGCUCCGAGCAGGAGGUGGUUUUGCAUGGGGAGCGACUGGCCCGGAUGUCGGGCGCCGCCCAGCAAAGUGAAAUCUACGUGGCCGAGGGCAGCCAGCGUCUGAAGAAGGGACUCAAGUUCAAGAAGCACCGGCCCACCAUCGUGUUCUCAUCCAUGCUGGGACUCCGAACGUGCCUCCCUUGGCCUGUGAAGCUCAAGUAA